GCAAAAAGAGGAAUUAUAUUUUUAAGACAGAACGAUAAAAACGAAUUAAAGUCGAAAGGGAAACAAAAAAUUAUUAAUUUUAUAACUAAUUAGUUAGAUUAUAGGUAAAAAAACAAUACUAAGAAUAUUAUACAGCAAAACUACUCCAAGAUUCUGAGCGCAGCAACUUGCGUGGCAUACAUUUUACACAUAUUUACUUUGUAAAAAAAGCACCUGCAUCAGUUUAAACACAAAACAACCGCAAUGAAACGCAAAUGUUGUACGGAUAUUUUUUUAUUUAGCUUCUUGCUAUACCUGCUGGCAUCGAUGAGUUUUGUUCAAGCAGUGGAAUUUACCUUUGAUUUGGCCGAUGGUGCAGAGGAUUGCUUCUACGAAGAGAUCAAACAUAAUACCAGCGCGUAUUUGGAGUUCCAGGUUUCGGCCGGUGGCCAAUUGGAUGUUGAUGUAACUUUAAAAAAUCCAAAGGGAGACAUUAUCUAUGAACAGCAAAAAGCCACCUUCGAUAGCCAUCAAUUUGUUGCCGAUAUUGCGGGCGUCUACCAGGCCUGCUUUAGUAACAAAUUCUCAACGUUCUCUCACAAAUUCGUCUAUGUUGAUUUUCAAGUAGGCGAAGAACCUGCCCUUCCCGGUGUAGAUGAGCAUGCCACCGUUUUGACACAGAUGGAAACCUCUUCCCAGUCAAUACACAAAAGCCUAAAUGACAUUUUGGAUGCACAGACACAUCAUCGGCUGCGUGAAGCCCAAGGGCGUAAGCGUGCCGAAGAGUUAAACGAACGUGUUAUGUGGUGGUCAUGUGCAGAAACAGCGGCUGUACUUACCAUUGGCAUUAUACAGAUUUUGGUGCUGCGUAACUUCUUUACGGAUCGUAAACCAAAUCAGCAGCGUUACAGUCGUUUGUAGAAGUAAUUUAGACACACCCACCCCGGGUAACACGUUGCAAAAGCUUUUUUUAGUUAAACGAAGAAUUGUGUAUUCAAACAAAAAGAAUACAUAUGUAUGGUGUUUUUUUUGUGAACCUCUUCAUCAUCCUACUCCCGUGUCCUACCUCGAUACUUCCAUCCCAAAAAUGUCCCCUUGUAUUGUUCUCUUGGAGUACGUAAAUUGAAAUUUGGAGAAGAGUCUCAUCAAUUCCUCAGUUAAUGUAUAAUUUUAGUUAUAACAACUCUUUUUCGUCUUCAUUAAAAACAAAUUUGAACUAAUUAAA